GAAAAUAGUUGAUUUCCAGGCAUCUAAGGUCACAACUGGAGAAGAUGGCAAGCCUGAGGCUUGUCUUUGUUCUUCUGGGUAUUCUAACAGCAGUAAAGCCUCAAGAAGCAGAUAACCUUUCUCUAAAAGACACUGCAAAGAAACUGGAUACUCGAAUCCUUCUGCAGAAUGUGGAAGAAGCCAAGAAAUUAGUUGAUGCUGCCUAUGAAUACACCCAAAAAUGGUUAGCAGAAAAACUAAAGAAAGAGACAGUGCGCCCUUCAGAAAUCCUAGUCUCUUUCAAACAACCUAUAGGAAAAACUCGGUUGCAUGUGAAAGCUGCUCAUUAUAGGCUGGUGACCUUGGACCUCUUGAAAGAGAAGCUGCAGGAUGUAUUUCCUCAGGAAUUCAAUAUCACAGAUGUGCUCUCCCCUUCCCAGAUGCAAACUAUCUACAAGGCAAGCGGAUGUGCUUCCCAAGAGACCCCUCCAAAGCAAUGUGAUGAGAAGAGCCCUUACCGGACCAUUACAGGCGAAUGCAAUAACCUGAGAAUUCCUACUUUGGGGGCUAGCAACCGUCCAUAUGUCAGGUGGCUGCCUCAAGAAUAUGAAGAUGGCAUCGAUCUCCCCCGUGGCUGGACAGAAACGAAGCUGUAUUUUGGAUUUCCUCUGCCCUCAGCACGGGCUGUAUCCAAUGACAUCGUCUUCUUUCCUAAUGUGAACGUCACUGAUGAUCCUUUCCGCUCAGUCAUGUUUAUGCAGUGGGGGCAGUUGCUCGAUCACGAUUUGGAUUUUGGACCUUCCACAACGGCGACCCUCACCUUCAUGAAAGGAAUAAACUGUAUUGAGAGCUGUGUGAAAGGGCCGCCAUGUUUUCCAAUCCGGAUCCCACCCAAUGAUCCUACAAAAAAGCAGUUUCAGUGCAUCCCCUUUACCCGGGCAGCUCCUGCGUGCAACGGUGGCUAUGCUAUUCGCAACCAGAUCAAUGCACUCACAUCCUUUGUUGAUGCCAGUAUGGUAUAUGCCAGUGAAGACGCGUGGGCAAGGCAGCUACGGAAUUUGACAAACAACCUAGGACUGCUGUCUGUGAAUAACAGGUUCAAAGAUCGAGGCCUUGACCUUCUCCCCUUUGGCACUCCCCAAGGCUUUCCGGAAAAUUGCAAUAUAACAAAUAGAACCGCCAGAAUCCCCUGUUUUUUGGCAGGUGACAAUCGAGUUAAUGAAAUGUCAGGGUUGAUGGCCUUGCAAACACUUUUCAUGCGGGAGCACAACCGUAUAGCCACUGAGCUGAAGAGGAUGAACCCACAAAUGAGUGGGGAAGAACUCUAUCAGGAGGCCCGGAAAAUUGUGGGAGCGAUGAUGCAGAAAAUCACCUAUACAGAAUAUAUACCUGCCCUGCUGGGGGAGUCUAGUGCUCUGCCUCGUUACAGGGGCUACAAUGACUCUGUGGAUCCCCGGAUUUCCAGCUCCUUUACCAAUGCUUUCCGUUUUGGGCAUACUUUGGUGCGGCCCACUGUGCCUCGCUUAGACAACCGUUACCAGGUUCUGAGUCAAACACCCUUAGAAACUGAGUUCUUUGCAACAUGGAGAGUUAUCUUUCAAGGAGGCAUUGAUCCUAUUCUACGAGGCCAAAUGGGUACACCAUCCAAACAGCUGAGACAAGAUCAGCUAGUAGUAGAGGGUCUCCGAGACCAACUCUUCCAACAAGUUGCAAGAUUUGGGCUGGAUUUGCCAGCAUUGAACAUGCAGCGUGGCCGAGAUCACGGUCUAGCAGCUUACAACGCCUGGAGACAAUUAUGUGGCCUCUCACAACCUAGCAAUGAAAUUGAGCUGGACCGGGUCCUCCAGAAUUCUGAGCUGGCCAAGAAGUUCAUUCAAGUUUAUAAGACGCCCAGGAACAUUGAUCUCUGGAUUGGAGGAGUGGCUGAGCCCUUUAUCCGAAAUGCCAGAGUUGGGCCUCUACUGGCAUGCAUCUUUCGGAAACAGUUCCAAAAUCUUCGUGAUGGGGACAGGUUCUGGUGGGAGAACCCUGGUGUGUUCACCCCAGCCCAGCGACAGGCUCUUAGCCAUGCCUCAUUGCCACGCAUCAUCUGUGACAAUACCCACAUCCGUGAGGUACCUCGGUUCAUUUUCCGAGCCAACCAGUAUCCACGUAAUUUUGUCAACUGCAGCACCAUCCCAAGGGUCAGCCUCUUUCCAUGGAAAAAAGGUUCCUAAAUAGAUCGGUGAAGAACACCCCAGCAAGUUCUGCCAGCAACCUGGAAUUUCUGUUUUUGAGAAAGCGUUCUUUAACCUGCUUUAGCUGUUUCCCCUCACAGCCAUUGCUUAUGUUUAAUCUUCUGGAGCAACAAGAAAGGAAUGCCAAAUUAUAAUAUCCGCUCUGCAAUGUUCAAGAUGUCCCCUUUUACAACUCAUUAAAGGCAAUUAAAUUAUAAAAGGUUCUCUAUUUGGGGAGUGCAUGAAAUACUAUUGUGAUUCCCUUCUUGAGACAGAAUAGAACAGAAUUUGUGGAAUGUACAACUUUGUUGUCUACCCCAAGUCAGACAAGGAUGCUAGCAGUGGUGAAAAGGAAAAGCUCUGUGCAAAGAGUCUGUAACAGAGGUGGGUUGCUCCCGGUUCGGCCCGUAUCGGACGAACUGGUAGUGGCAGAGAUGGGAGGCUCUGCCCACCCAUCCACCCCGCAUGCUCAGAAGCGUUACACACCCAUAUGCACGAGCAAACCGGUAGUAAAAAAAAUGGAAACCCACCACUGUACUAUAAACCCCCAUUAAAAAAAUGAUUGACAUUUCCCCCCAGGAAACUUUAGAAUUUACAUAUAAACAUAUAUAAAAAGAUUCGCUCAUUUCCACAUUUCUACAGAAAUGUUAGAAGCUUGAAUCUGGAGAGAAAUGAAGGUGGAUGCAUACUGAUUUUGCCUUAGAGAGCUCUAUUUCACAGAAAACCAGAAGAAUAAACCAGACAAUAUUGUGCCACAUAAAACAGCAGCCUACAGGCAUAAUUAUCUUUUUAUAUUUCUGAAAUGCAAAAAGUAUUGACACAGCUCUUUCGAUUCAUCCAUUUUUAUUAAUGAUGCGAUCCUUUCAACAGUUUGCUUUAAAAAUAAUCAGAUCUUUCUCCCAGCUAUGCCUAAGCAAUUAUUAGAAUACAAAACAAUUUUUCGCAACAGACUGUUAAUCCAUAUACAUACAUUAUAUACCAACAUCCACACCCAGAGUUUAUAAGUGACAGUGCUAAGAUGCUCAACUAAUGCCAGUUCUUUGUGUACAUAACUGUAGAGGAGUAUUUAAAUCCACCUUCGUGUCUGUAAAUUUUUCAGAGCCCCAUUAUUCUAAAGAGAAUGAAAAUGUCUACUCCUGAUUCAGAUUGCU